UACUCCAUGUCAGACUCCAACACAACCGACUUCACCAACCCCUCCACCUUCAUCCUGCAGGGCAUCCCUGGCCUGGAGGCGGCCUAUGUCUGGAUCUCCAUCCCUUUUGGAGCCAUCUACGCUACAGCCCUCAUGGGCAACUUCACCAUCCUCUUCAUUGUGAAGAUGGAGCCAAGCCUCCACCAGCCCAUGUACUAUUUCCUCUGCAUGCUGGCCAUCACCGACCUGGUCUUAUGUACAUCUACCCUGCCCAAAAUGCUGAGCAUCUUCUGCUUCAAUUCGAGGCAGAUCAGUUUCAGUGCCUGCCUCACCCAGAUGUUCUUCCUUCACUGCUUUUCCAUCCUGGAGUCUGGGAUCCUCGUGGCCAUGGCGUUCGAUCGCUAUGUGGCCAUCUGUCACCCUCUCAGACAUUCCAUCAUUCUGAGAAACUCCAUUUUGUUCAAGUUUAGCCUGGCCUUGUUGCUGCGCAGCACCAUGCUCAUACUGCCCUUUACUUUACUGGCAAGGCAGUGGCCAUAUUGCAGGUCCAACAUCAUCCCCCACACGCACUGCGAGCACAUGGCUGUGGUGAAGCUGGCCUGUGCCGACAUCCGUGUCAGCAGCUACUACGGCCUCUUUGUGGCACUUUCUGUGAUGUGUCUGGAUAUGGUUCUAAUUGCCCUGUCCUACACCCAGAUCCUCAGGGCCAUCUUCCGCCUCCCCACAAAGGACGCCCGGCUCAAGACUUUUGGGACCUGCAGCUCCCACCUCUGUGUCAUCUUGGCCUUUAAUAUCCCACGUCUCUUCUCCUUCCUCACACAGCGAUUUGGCAACAACGUGCCCCUGCAUUUCCACAUUUUCAUUGCCAACGUGUACCUCCUGGUGCCCCCCAUGCUCAACCCCAUCAUCUAUGGGGUGAGGACCAAGGAGAUCCGGGACAGGCUGCUCCGGCUACUCCAUCCCGGGAAGUCUAAUCUGUAA